AUGCAUCGUCCCCCUCCUCCUCCCGUGGCAUCUUGGCUGCUACUCCUGCCUCCCUUCGUCUUCCUCUGCCUCCAGAACCAGAUCGCCCCCUCCGCCGACCCGCCUCCAGAUCGGAGCAAAGCGGCCCCCUGUUUGCUUCGCGGCACCAGAUCAGCAUUCCCAUUAGGAGAAGCAAUGUCGGCAGUAAUCACAAAGUUCGCCGUCACAUCUAUGGUGAUGUGGAUGGCCCCAGUUGCAAUCAUGUAUGGGUUUAUCUACCAGAUUUUUCCAGGUGUCGGUCAGCUUUCCCCCUCGGCGCAAACCAUGGCCAGUGGAUUCCUUGCUGUCAUCUCGGUCAAUCUAGUGAUCGGCUUUUACAUAUACAUGGCCAUGAAGGAGACUCCCCAUCAAGAGCCCCAGCCUGAUCCAACCUUUCUGGCAAACGCCAAAGCAAGCAUUAACCAGCCAACUUCUUCUCAAGUGAGUGAUGAUUCCCAUGGGAAGGGGAAGGUCGAGUAG